CACUCAAGUUUUUCCUUUCCUCCCUUUUCUUCAAUUCUAUAAUUAAUAAUAAAAUAAUAAUGGAACUCCAAGUCCCAGCCUCUGGCCUCAUGUUUCUCGUUGCAAGUCUCUUCUUUGUGUUCAUGCUUCUAACUUUUACUAAAAAAUCAAACCCUGAUAAGCGAUUACCACCAGGUCCAUUCAAGCUACCUUUCAUUGGGAGCUUGUGGUCAGUGGUCAGUAGUAAACCACCACAUCAUGUUAUUACAAACCUGGCCCGAAAACACGGUCCCCUGAUGCAUCUCCAACUUGGAGAGAUCUCGGCAUUGGUUAUAUCCUCGUCUCGUCUCGCGAGAGAGAUAUUGUCUAAAAAAGAUAUCUCGUUUGCAAACAGGCCUCAACUAGUAGCAACUAAGAUUGCCAUGUACAACAAUAUUGACAUUGGUUUCUCUCCUUAUGGUACUUACUAUAAACAGAUGAGAAAAAUAUGCACUAUGGAACUCCUUAGUGCGAAGAAGGUCCAGACCUUUUCGUACAUUAGAGAGGAAGAGGUCAAGAACAUGAUCGAAUCCAUUCGAUCAUCAGUAGGUUCACCGUUCAAUCUUACGACAAAUAUAUCUAUGUUGGUGAAUACCAUUACAUCAAGAGCUGCAUUUGGCAAGAUUUACAAAGACCAAGAUUUACUGGUGGAGAAGUUACAAGAGAUGGCCAGCCUAAUUUCGGGUCUCGACUUUGCUGAUGUGUUUCCUUCUUAUAAAUUUCUUCAUGUGAUUACCGGGUUGAAUGCGAAGAUGACAAAAAUCCACAAAGAUCUUGACAAAAUCUUCAACAACAUCCUCGGCGAACAUGGAAAAGACAAAGAGAAUUCAAAAGGGGGAGUUCAUGACAAGGAAGAUUUGGCCGAUAUUCUCAUCAGACUCAAAGAUAGUGGUGCUCUCGAGGUUCCCAUUUCAACCGAUAACAUUAAAGCUGUGAUAUUGGAUAUUUACUCAGCUGGAACUGAUGCAGCUACAAUGACAUUGGAAUGGGCCAUGUCGGAACUUAUAAGGAACCCGAAAGUACUAAGAAAAGCAACAGAAGAAGUGCGACAAGUAAUCAAUGAUAAGGACCUAGUACAAGAAACUGAUUUGAAAAGAUUAAAUUACGUAAAGCUGGUGAUCAAGGAAACAAUGAGAUUGCAUCCUGCGGUACCCUUGUUGCUGCCUAGAGAAUGUCGUGAAAGCUGUGAGAUUGACGGAUAUGUCAUACCAGUUGGAACCCAGGUUAUGAUAAACGCGUUUGCUCUUGGAAGGGACCCCGAAUACUGGCCUGAUGAUCCGGAAUGUUUUAAGCCCGAGAGGUUUGAGAACACUAGCCAUGAUUUUAUUGGAACUAAUAUGGAGUAUCUCCCUUUCGGGGCAGGAAGGAGAAGUUGUCCAGGCAGUUUGUUUGGCGUGGCCAUCCUCGAGAGUGUUCUGUCUUCUUUACUCUAUCACUUUGAUUGGAAACUCCCUGCAGGGAUGAAGCCUGAAGACUUGGACAUGACUGAGACUUUUGGAGUAGCCUGCAGGAGAAAAAUUGAUUUACAACUGAUGGCCACACCUUACACUCGAAUUUGAUAUAUGAAUCAAGUUACGACAAAUUUAAGCAAGGGUUUGGUUUUCCUUGAAUAAGUUGAAUUGAUGAGCCAUGAAAAAUGUGAUAUCUUUCUCAAAGCUUGUAAUGUCUUGUAAUAAUUUUACCCUUAAUAUAUACUACUCGAUGCACGAUUUCUAUUA